AUGAUCUUUUCUAAUGGCCAAGUAGCCGUUGGUGUGAGCGGGAAGAAAUCAAGCGAGACAUACUGUGGUCCACAUGCGUUCUCGGAACCAGAAUCGAAGGCAAUGGCUGAUUUUGUUCUUGCAAACAGUCGAGAUUUAAAGUUCUACCUCGCUUUCCAUGCUUAUGGUCAAUACAUGAUAUUACCGUAUACACAUUUGAAGGGUCAUUCAGAAAAUUAUGAUGAUGUUCAUGAAAUGGGUCUCAAGGCUGCGUCCCAAAUAGCAGGUAGAUACGGAACGCAGUAUGAAGUUGGCACUGCAUACGAUACAGUAGGCUACAUGACGUCGGGAGUCAGUGGAUGCUGGGUGAAAAAAUCAUUCAAUGUUCCAUAUGUGGUGACGUUUGAAUUGCGUGACCAAGGGCAGCAUGGCUUUGCUCUGCCCCCCAAACAAAUAUUGCCGACUUGUAAGGAAACCAUGGAUGGUCUCAUAUCCCUUUUAACCCAUAAAACCGACAAAUUAAAGGAUCCAGUCUUACCGAAAACGGAUCGUGGAGAUAUGAUAUAUAUUAAUCAUGUUAUUUUGAUUUUCAUAUUGAUUAAAUUGUUUAUUUAA